AGUACGUAGCCGUAAUGGGGUACAACGUAUGGCUAUUCCUACCGGAUAUCCUCGAUAUUAUAUCACCCAUAAAUGAAUCCCGCCCACGAAUACUACCUUUUAAAGCUGAAUUCUUUUUCUUCGAUCAAGGACGAUACUUUAACCUCAUUCGAUCCCAUACAUGCUUCGUGAUUUUGAUAUUAUCACUAAUUUUUUUUGCCGUUUCCACUUUGUAUGUGGCUCUUACGCAACAUGCUUGCGGAAUGUGCGAGUUGUUGGGAUUCGUUGGUAUGAUCGAAUUUUAUCACACAAUACCGUUUCUAAUGGAUAUCAUAGGAUUAGUGCUUGCGAUGAGUCUUGCAUUAACGCAGGUAUGUCAAUAG